UUUCUAGCAGAUAAUCCAACAAAGAACAAGGAAAAAAAAACAGAUACACCCGAAAAAAAUGUCGUCAGUUGUCGUUCAAAAACUUGCCCGUCUCCCUUUGUCAACCUAUCCGUCUCGUACACUCUCGAGAUUCUUCUCCAUCGGCUCGGGAUCUAAUAACUCAGUGGUUGCUGAAAGGGCCGAGUUGACUCGGGUGCCAACUCUGGUGGAGGGAUGCGACUAUGAGCACUGGUUCGUGGUUAUGGAGGCUCCCAAGGGAUACCCACUUAGAGAUGAGAUCGUUGACACCUACAUUAAGACCCUAGCAAUGGCUUUAGGAAGUGAAGAGGCAGCUAAGAAGUCUAUAUAUUCUGUCUCCACCAAGUAUUACUAUGCAUUUGGUUGCAAAGUACCGGAAGAUUUGACUUUUAAACUUAAAUCUCUGCCUAAUGUGAAAUGGGUUUUACCAGAUUCUUAUUUGGUUCACGGGGACAAUAGCUAUGGAGGAGAACCAUUCCUUGAUGGGAAGGCUGUUCAGUAUGAUGACAAAUAUCAUUCUGACUGGAUCCGGGUUCAAAAUGAUGAUGAAAGUAAAGAAAACUCAUCCAAAAAAUGAAAGGGGAAAACAAAAGAAAAAGUAGCAUUAUAGAAGGCAUGCUGCUGUGCUUUAGCUUCCUCUUAUUUGGGUGUUAGAAGCUUACCAAAUUUUUUAGGAGAAUUAAAUGAAAAGAAGCAAGCAUACCAGAAUCAGAAGUUAUGCAGACUAUCUUGUCAGUGGAUUCUUAGAUAUUUGUUUCGCUUAUGUGCUGUAUAGAAUAGUGCUUUUGGUGCAACUCAUGGUCAAAAUGAAUCUUUGCAUUGCUGGUCAAAACUUUGUAGCAUGAGCACUCUGUGGGCUUGAUCCUGCAAUUACAAGGACCAGAGGGUCCAAUCACCUGCCACUGGGUUUACAUUGGCUUUUACCGAAAAAAUGAUGGGGCACUUAAUAGUGGAAGCAUUGCGUUAUGCAACAAAUGUUCAAGGUUAACGCCCAGUUGAUAUUUAGAAAUUGAAAAAGCUUUCAAUUGUAUUUGAUCCGAAGGAGAACCCUUUUAAGUUAAGACUGCUUAGUAUUUUUCUUUGCAAGAUUGUAAGGAGAGAAAGAGCUUAAUUUUCCAGCUACAAGUUUUCUUCCUUUUUUAACUUCAUGCCAGCUGUAACUUGAAUUACCAUUCGACUAGAUGAUUGAUUUUUUUCUUC